AUGGAGCCCCUGGGAAUGACCACUGUUUUCUUGAUGACUUGUUUCUCAUGCCUUCUCUUUUCAGCAUGGAGAAGUAAAUCUCGAACAGGGAAGCAGCCUCCUGGUCCUUUUGCACUCCCCUUUGUUGGAAGCAUGUUCCAUCUGAACCCACAUAACUUGCCUGAAAGCCUGGAGAAGCUCAGCAGGAAGUAUGGUCCUGUCUUUACAAUACGUUUAGGCCCAAAAGAGGUUGUGGUGCUGUAUGGCUAUGAUGUUGUGAAAGAAGCUCUGAUUGAUCAGGGAGAUGAUUUCAGUGGAAGAGGCAUUCUACCAUUGUUUGACAAACUCUUCCAGGGCACAGGCAUUGUGAACAGCAAUGGGGAAACGUGGAGGCAACUCCGACGAUUUGCCCUCACUACCCUGCGUGAUUUUGGGAUGGGGAAGAAGAGCAUUGAAGAACGGAUCCAGGAAGAAGCUCGUUUUCUGGUGGAAAGGAUCAAGAGCAAACAUGAGCAGCCCUUCAAUCCUAGCAGCUUCCUAGUCCAUGCUGUUUCCAAUAUCAUCUGCUCCAUCGUCUUUGGGGAUCGGUUUGAUUACAAGGAUGAAAAAUUUGUGACUUUAAUUGAUGUGCUAGAGCAAAAUAACAGGAUCCAGAAUGCUAUACAAACAAUGUUAUACAAUUUCUUCCCAACUAUCCUGGAUCACUUACCUGGGCCUCAUCAAACAAUGGUGAAAAAUAUUGAAGCAGUUAAUACAUUUAUUUCUGAAAUCGUAACAGACCACCAGAAAUCCCUGGAUCCCACCUGUCCUCGAGAUUUUAUUGACGCUUUUCUUAUCAAAAUGGAACAGGAGAAAGGAAAUGCUCAUUCAGAAUUUUCCACUGACACCUUGACCAGAACCACAAUUGACUUGUUCUUUGCCGGAACAGGAACAACCAGCACCACACUGAAAUAUGGACUUUUGAUUCUUAUGAAACACCCAGAGAUAGAAGAGAAAAUUCACAAAGAGAUUGACCAUGUGAUUGGCCGAGACCGAAGCCCCUGCAUGGCAGAUCGGAGCAAGAUGCCGUACACAGAUGCUGUGAUCCAUGAAAUUCAGAGAUUCAUGGAUUUCAUUCCAUUUAAUGUCCCACAUACUGUGAUCAAAGAUACCAAGUUCAGAGAUUAUCUUAUCCCCAAGGGCACUAUGAUAUUCCCUAUGCUAAGAUCUGUCCUAUAUGACAGCAAGGAAUUUCCAAAUCCAGAAAAAUUUGACCCAGGACAUUUCUUAAAUGCAAAUGGUACCUUUAAAAGGAGUGACUACUUCAUGCCAUUUUCUGCAGGAAAACGCAUCUGUGCAGGAGAAGGUUUGGCGCGGAUGGAGCUAUUCAUAUUUUUUACAGUCAUCCUGCAGAAUUUUACUUUGAAACCUGUUAUGGAUCACAAGGACCUUGACAUUUCCCCAAUAAUCAGCUCAUUUGCAAAUAUGCCCAAACCUUAUGAACUCUCUUUUCUUCCACGUUAACUAAGUACAGUUGCCAACUCCCAAGCUCCUGAAAUCUCUGGUUGAAUGACAAUCAUUUUCUAACCUGGAAAUACUGAAACACUGA